AGGAGACAGGAGAGAGCGCUAAUGUGCAAACCAGACAUCAGGCUGCAACAUCUGUUUUUCACUUUGAGCACCUCAGUCAGAGACGAAUACGGCCAAGGCACUGAUAGAAAUAAUGCUGCUGGCUUCUGCCGUGGAGACGGAGACGAUGCAGAAAUAUCGGGCAUAUAAACGCGAGGAAUCAAAUGAAAGCUUGGAAUAUUUGGACAGUGAUGUGUAUUAAUUCACACUUCAAUCACACUCAGAGGAAAAUGUAUUUAUUACAAAGUUUGUCUGUUGCCUAGAAAAUGUAAAAGAAACAACAAAAAUGUGAUGUGGAAAGCUAAGAAAGAGUUCUCACACUAAACUGCAUGAAUUGCACUUCUUUUAAAGACUGGCAUUAAAACUCCUUUAAUGCCAGAGACCACAAAUUGUGAUAAUCACUUUUUCCCUUUGGCCCAACAAGAGCAGCAGAUUUCUUUUUGAGUGUAAUUCCCAUCCAAAGUUCCCAUGAGCCAAGACACAUGGAGACCACAGAGUACCAAGGUCAGGGGUUUAAACCUGACUCACAUGAUCCAUCAUGUGACUCUUUCACUGUUAACACACCAGACCUGGAACUCCUGAAUGGAUCAGGUUUCAGAACAUGGAUCGCUGUAUUGCAUUGCUGACAUUUUACAAAUUUAAGUUACUUCAUCACACAAAUACCUAAUGAAGAGAAAUGUAUGCGUUAUGUAUUUUAGCAGCUUUUUAAGAUACAUUUUAAGUUACAAGAUGAUGCAAAUAUGGAGAAACUUGAAUAAGAUUUAUCUGAGCAGCACAAUUAAAUAAAUGAAAGGCUGUGUUGUCGACCUUAGGAGAAGAUUAAUACAUCGUGCAGAGGUCCAACUACAGGCAGCGAGCUUAAGUUAAAGUAAGAAACAAAGAUAAAAACCUUCAUAAACAGAGGAGACGGACCAUUUUAAAGGCAGUUAAAGAGACAAGAAAUGUAAACUCUUAAGCUUAAGAGCCUUCUCUAGAAAACAGUCAAAAUAAAAAUAGUCUUUCACUGUUUUUUGAAAGAUUCAGCCAAAAUAUAGACAAGAUAAGAGCAUUCCAGACUCUCAGUGCCAGAGGGAUCUGUGGAUUUAAGAGAGCAAGCACAAAACCUUUUUAUUCUUCAGUGAACAGAUUCUAAUCAAAUGAUGCCAUAGAAGAAACAUGUUUCAUGACAUUUAAAUUGUUUAAAUGUCAUGAUUUAAACAAUUUAUUGACGGAAUAGUAAAUGGAUUAAAUUUAAAUAGCGCAUUUGCAGUCAAACUGACCGCUCAAAACGCUUUACAGACACAUUCACUCACACUUAUACAGCAAAAGGUGGGCAACUUAGCAUUAAGCGCCUUUCCCAGCAGCACAAGCUGCAGUCACACCCUACAGCCUUGAUGACUACUCUACCACUGAGCCAAAGUCAAUAUUUCUAUUAAAGGGUGUGUAAAUACUAGUUUGCCUUGCUAGUGCUGUGUUGCCCUUUGACCUUCUGAAUUGUCUUAACUCCUCAUGUCUUCAUGGCACAGAUUCAACUAAGUGUCCAAAAUAUUACGGUACUCAAAGAUUUUGGUUCAUAUUGACUCAUAUUGAGUUCUAGCUGUGCCAUUCAAAUGAUACCUAACUGGGACUUCGGGCUCCAAAGUGAGCAAAGACAAAUGUUCUCCACACCAUCACAUCACCACCGUCAGCCUGAACCUCUGAGGUAAAGCAGGAUGGAUUCAGGUUUUCAUCUUGUUUACACCACAUUUUGUGAAUUUAGCAUAAACACAUUUCCAGAUCAGAUCUGAGAUCAGAUCAGGAAGAAUAUUUCCAACCUCUCAUGUUAACAAGCAUUCUUCAUAAAAGUCAAUAAAAUUAUGAACAAUUGUCUAUCAAAAAUAUUUACUGAUUUUUUUUAUUUUUUAUUCUCUGGUGCCGAUCUCCAGGUAUUAAAAAAUUAACACAAAAAGACGAUGGAUUCAAGUAUUUCAACAGCAUUUGUAACAGAAAAAAAUAAAUAAAUCUGCAUUUUCUCUUUCCAAGUACAUCUGAUGUCUGAGUCACUGCGCUUGAUUUUAUUACCACAAUAAGUCAAAUGUCAGGUUUAUUUCCUGACACUGCUGUAGACAUUCAGCACCGUGAAACUGGGAGCAAUUGCGUGGAUCUUCAACACUUCUGCGCUUCCAGGAUCCGCUUAGACAAACAGAUCUGGUUCAGCUAAUAAAACACAAGUACGUCGUGAACUUUCUUUAAUUCAAUUACAUGCACUUGUAAUUCACUAGCCCAGCACUUUAGAUUCGUCUGUUAGAGAAGAUAGAGGAAUGAUAUCAUUGGACUGCUAUGAAUAAACUUGCUCUUGUUCAAACAGCCAUAAUGUUUGCUCCACAAUUCAGUAAUAAGAUUUUUCUACUUUAUUUUCAUAUAAUAUUAUUAUUCUGUUUUGUUAUGCUAGCACCGUUUUUGGCUAAUAUGUACAUUAGCCCACUGCUUUGGUUAGAAGCAACCACACGAAGCAGCUGCAAAUGGAUGAAUUGUAUCAGGUUUCCCUACCAAAAGAAAUUAUUUUGCAUCGCUCUGAUGUCCACCCUCAGUUCCUACAUUUUUUUCAGUCAGAUCUUCAUCCCAGUCUAUUUUGGUUCUUAGAAAGCUGGGUCAUCAAGCAUCUCCUACCCCCUCUGACAGAACCUGGCAAGUGGACUCCAUUUGGCUUUCCAGAUCUGGUGCGGUUAUGCGUCAUCCUGUUCCUCAUAUAAAAGUCCGACAGUCUGACCCAGUGACAGAAGGAGGAGAGAAGUGGUAAGGAGAUUUUGUUCUAAUUGAGACAUAAUAUGGAGAAGAUGAGGACCAAACUGAGGCUUCUGCUGCUUUGCCUUUCUGCAACCUCUGCUGCUGCUGCUGCACCAGGCAGCUGCGUCGGCCGUUGUGGGGAGGUUUUCACAAGAGGUCAGCAGUGUACCUGUGACUUCAGCUGCCUGCAGCACAACGAGUGUUGUCCUGAUUUUCUGGCUACCUGCACCACCACUCCGUCGUGUCGGGGCCGCUGCGGUGAGACGUUCAGGAGAGGUCGGAUGUGCGAGUGCGAUCCUCUGUGCGUCCAAUUCAACACCUGCUGCCAGGACUUCCAGCUGCACUGCGAUGCCGAUGUGAACGUCCCACAUCAUGGAGGCCCCCAACCUCUGAGGACCACAGUCGCCAGAAAUAGGAACCCAGGCAGGAGUCGGCAUAGUUCCAACAGUGAGAGUGAGGAAUGGUACACAGGCAGAAGAGGGCGUUGUCCUCAGUACCCUGGAGGACAGUGUUCAGGAAGGCUCGGCCCCACAAACCCUCUGCCAACUGGCUCACUGGGCUCCAAUCCUCCUGCCAUUGCAGGUGAAAGUAGCACCCCGGUAGGCCUGCUGCCCGGGCAAGUGUCCACCUCUCUGGGUGGGGCUCAUCAGCUCCCAGCAGUUCACCUACCCCGGCCCGGCAACGGUGCUCCGGUUCUGGAUGGCAGGGUUCCCGUUAGCUCCUCCACCCGUGGAGCUGCAGAUGGGAAGCUAAAUGUCCAGCUGGUGAUCACCUCAGCCGGCCUCAAUCCAUCUGGGCCCAGUCAAGGAGGUCUGGCUCAACCCAGACCCAGCACCCUGCUGGAUGUGGCCCAGGCUUUGGGUCUUUCUGUUGGACAAAGAGUCCCUGAAGGACCUGGGACAGGACUCAUGCCGAAUGCCGACCUGUGCAGUGAAUCCCCCAUCGACGGACUGACCGCUCUCAGCAAUGGCACCGUACUGAUAUUUAAAGGUGAGUUGUUUUGGGUUGUUGACUCCGUCGGAGGCUCCAUUGGUCCUCCGCAAAACAUCAGAGAGACUCUGGGGGUCUCAUCGCCCAUCGAUACGGUCUUCACACGAAUGGACUGCAGUGGAAACACCUACAUUAUCAAGGGAGACCAGUGCUGGCGUCUGGAUGAGAACCUGAUGGUGGAGCCUGGCUACCCGAAACCUUUGACCUCUGAGUUUCCAGGUCUGACGGGACCAAUCAGCGCUGCUCUGGUGGUGCCGGCCUCCAGGAACAGACUGGAGACCAUUUUCUUCUUCAAGCCGGGAGACAAAAUGCAGAGGUUCACCAUCCUCCCAGGCAGCUCUGCGUCCUGCAGGGACAAACCAAAAAGCUCCACGCUGAAAAACUUUGCCCAACAGGCCGCAGCAGACGUUCUUCUGAGCGGGGAGAUCAACAUCAAAGUUUCUCUGACGGGCUUCCCGUCCCCCGUCACCUCCGCUCUGUCCAUGCCCGCUCCCCAGAGCACCAACCCGUACCAACACUUCGUCUUCUCUGGACCUCUCUAUUUCAGAGUCCAGAUUACAAGAGACCUGCCAGUUCUGGUCAAACCCGACCCCCCCGCCUCCCUCACGCCCCUGCCCAACCCAAUCCUGAGUCCUCUCGUCAUGGCGACCAAUCCUGCCAACCCGGCAGGUCAGAACCAGAACCCCCGCCACCCGACUAACUCUAUCAGAUUCUGGUUGCGCUGUCCGUAGGCGCCUCCAGCAGAGAACACUGGUUUUCUGCAUCAAGAUCUAUCAACAGGAUGUGCUUAAAGAUUCACU